AUGAACCGAGCAAUUCUGGAAGGCCUGAAGAGGAGAAUCUCAGGCGCACAUGGUGCCUGGGUGGACGAGCUUCUCAGCGUCCUGUGGGCAAUGCGAACGUCUCCCAAAACUGCCUCGGGAGAGUCUCCAUUUAGCCUGGCGUUCAGGACCGAGGUGGUCCUUCCGCCCGAGAUGUUAUUCCCGACCUUGCGCACCUCCAAUUAUGAGCAAGGAGACUCUGAGGAGGGACUCCGGGCAAACCUGGAUCUCCUCGAGGAAAGGAGAGCCAGGGCACAUCUACGCGCCUUGGCAUACAAGAAGGUGGUAGCUCGGAUAUACAAUCGAAGGGUCCGUCCACGACCGAUCCAGGUCAGGGACCUCAUCCUCCGAAGAGCAGAAGUGAGCGACCCGACUCGAGCGAGGGGAAAGCUCGCACCCAACUGGGAAGGCCCCUAUCGAGUCUAUGACAUGGUCCAAGAGGGAACCUACUGA